AUGGCAGUUUCGUUAAAUACCGACGCGUUUAAAAUUCAAAGACUAUGCCUGAUUUUUAGUGGUAUGUGGCCAAGCAGAGAUUCGAGCAGACUUUAUCGUUUUUAUGGCGAUGCUCAAUAUUUCAUGCUCUUCGUUUUUGGUUUAUCGCUGCUACUCGGAAUCUUUAUACUGGAAGAUCUUGCUGAGAUUGUUCAGGCGUGGGCUACGUUUAUUGCCGUUAUUAACUGUUGCGUUAAAUUUUCAAUAUUUUAUUUUAAAAGACCAGUGUUUUUAGACCUCUUAGAUUUUCUCAAGUCGCCCCAUUUCUUUUACCACAAAGAAGAUGUAGACCACCAUCUCAAAAAAAUUAUUGACUUUGCCAUAGCAGUCGUAAAGUUGUUUCUGUGCAGUUGCACAAUUACCGUAAUUUGCAUGAUCACAGCCCCUCUUUUUGCCAAGGGAAAGCGAAAGACACCCUUCCCUUUUCCAUUGGAUUUCAAGAAGCACUCAUUGGCAAUUUACGUUUCGGUAUACAUGUAUCAGAGCGUGGUGUUGGUGGUGGCCGGCUCCUCAAGUGUCGGAUUUGAUAAUCUGUCUACAAGCAUGAUGGGUCUUUGCUCUGCAUACUUCGCAAUUUUAACGGAAACUAUCAUAUCGACGACACGAAAACUACAACGUACUAGAAAUAUUCACAGUUACAAGAAGUUUGACAAGGAAAUAUACCAUGACCUAAGCAAAUGUAUAGAACAUCAUCUCGCUGUAAUUAAAUUUACUGAAACUAUCGAGCACAUAUUCUCUUACGUAUUUCUGAGCCAGUUUUUAUCCAGCGCGUUUGGAAUCUGCCUCACCGGAUUUACAUCGGUAUCCUCCAAACCCGGAAGUGUGGAAUUUAUGUUUGCCUUAACUUUCCUAUGUACACUUAUGUUCCAAAUUACAUUGUACUGUUCGUACGGCAACGAAGUAACGCUUCAGAGCUAUAAGGUCUUGGAAGCGUGUUACAUGACGGAAUGGAUUUACUGUGGCUCUGAAGUUCGCAAAAAUCUCUUCCUAAUAAUGGAGCGGUCCAAGCGACCAAUGGUUUUGACGGCUGGCAAAUUUAUUAAUCUAUCACUUACAUCACUUGUUUCAGUGUUUAGGUCAGCCGCUUCUUAUGCAGUGGUUUUAUAUCAACUUUAUAAUGCAUAAUCUCUUAUAUGCACAAUAGCGGCAAUCUACCGAACUGGCAAUCACCGACACCCUUUUGCUGUAUUAUACGCAAAAUCUGCACUGUUAGUCAGUUUGGUACAUGGAAGUUUAGAAGUAUACCUAUGUAUCUAGUACAGCACAUGGUAAUUGUAUUAAUAUGAAUCAAAAGGUACUUAUUCGUAAAUAUAAUAUAAUUCAGUGGUUCACAGGUUCCCACCCUUUUAGACACUGCGGUCCUCUUUUUGGAUUUGAGCAUUUUGCCAACCCCCCUGUGAAUUAUAAUUUUUUUUAAAUACACAAUAAA